CUUACAUUAUUUAUAUCCUGUUUUCUUUUUUAAAGAAAAGAAAUAAAUGAUUUUCUCCCUAAUAUAUCCGGAAUUACGACAUUAACUUUGUUUAUAAUAUGGAACGCAUGCGCAGAGGCGUAUAAAUGAUCUUGAAUACAAAUAUUUACAAAAUAUUGGACGCCAUGCGUCGAAAAAGACAUGAUUUCCCCCCAAAACACGUAACUGUCUAUCAUGAGCAGUAGCUUAUCAAAUUUUAGCAAUGUAGGCAUUGAAAUUGGAAGUAGCAACAAGUUCGACGCACCGAGGGGGGUGCGUCAAGAUGCUAGUGCUAUGUUUUCUGGUGAAUUCGUUGGAGGGACAUCAAUGCCAUCAUGUCAUAUGAAGAAUAGAAAACAUCGGACAGAUGGGAGGUACACUACUAUCGGAGACGGUUUGGAAUCCUCCAUCAGCAAUGAGGCAAAGGGGAAGAUUGAAAGACUUCUGGGUGAGAUAAAGAAUCUGUCAGACGUAGAGAAAUUUGUUCUCUAUUUAAAGCUCCCAACAGGGGAAACACCAUCAGAGGAUCUCAGAAGAACCCCAACCCCUUAUUCAAAGCAAGGGAACAGGGUGGAGCAGAGUCUUGCCUACAUUUGGAUUAAAUCUCAUUUGGAGGAAGACACUGAGAUCUGCCUGCCCAAACAGGAGGUCUACGAUGAGUACAAACAAUAUUGUGAGAACCACAGCCUGGUGCCUCUGUGUAAUGCUGACUUUGGGAAGUUGAUGAAGACGGUGUUCCCCAAUGUUAAACCCAGAAGACUCGGACAGAGAGGACAAUCUCGAUACUGCUAUGGAGGAUUGAGAAAAAAGCUGGAUGUUGAGGCACCAUCUUUGCCAGAAAUCGAAGUCAAUGUGCCCCAAGAAAAGGAUGAGAAGACUGAGGAUAAUCACCUGUAUAUAGCAUCCUGUGACCUGGUGUUGGAGUGGGCAGUGAAGCUACUGGAACAGAAUUUCAACGGUAUGAGGGAGCUCGCUGAGUAUCUGGUGUCCAAUCUAUUCGUCAACAGCAAGUCUGUGUCUGCCUUCACUGUAAUUGCAGCUAUGGAGGAGACAGGGGUCCAGAAAGUGUCCUCUAUGUUUUCCAAUUCGACUGGAGGAGACCGACACAGAGAGACACAACUACAACUUCAGAGGAAGCUCCACGAACGAGAGCACGUCAGUCGGCAGAAAAAAAAGUUACAACAGAUGAAGGAGGACAAUGUAACAAGACACAAACAGGACAGACAGACACCGCUCAUCAUGUCACCCACAAUACAACAGGACCUCAUGUCUCCCCGCAAGAUUUUUGAAGAAUCGGAGGAUACCGAGAUGAGGACGCACACAGGCCGAUCCUCGAUUCAGGACGGUGUCAGACCACAGCGGCACAGGUCCACGUCAUCGACUUGGAAAAAGCGGACCAAGUCUGUCACACCACAGGAAGCACUAGACAAGGGAGGGGGAACCAGUUCAGGUGAGGAAAUAUCUGUCCAAUCAGCUUUCAAGGAGGACCAGAUUGUCUUGGACCAAAGAAUUCCGACCAGAAUGUCCGUGGAGUCGGAAUUAAGGAGGAACUCUGAGUCUGAUUCUGCAGUGGAGAUGAUGACGGUAGAAGAUUUAAUACUACAAAGUGACAAGUCAAAGGGAGAGAACUGGAAGAUAGAGGAAAUUACAAAUGAAGAAAUGGAAUUUACUGAGAGUGUACCCAAUCUGGACAAUGAUAGAAGUGAGAAAUCUUUAACAGCAAAUGCUCAGAUUUUGGAGCAGCCUGUUCCUCAAGUCUCAUCUCUCUGUGUUGGGAGUAGUACUUUGUCAGAGAACAAAACUCAAAUUAUACAGAUUCCUUCUCAUCUAUCGCACAAGCCAUCAGAAGAAAUCAGCAAUUCUCAGCUGAAGCAAGAGACUGUCCACGAUCCAUAUCUGAUCAAUUCCAACCAGGAUUUAGGUGUGAUUCCUAGUGUUGUGAUUGCUGCCGAAGACUUGGCUCAAAACAAAGAGAAUCCGGAUUCAAAAUCUGGAUUUUCAUCCACACCAAUUAUCAAUGCAUCCAUAUCAGUACCCAUAAACAUUUUACCCACACACUCUUCAUCAGCAUCAACAUCUUCAUCAACACAACUUGGUUUUCUUCAAAAAGAACAACAAAGCAUCCCUAAAACAACUGUCUCAAAUCGCAGCGCAUUUGUGCCAUUUUCACAAUUCAUUAGAAAAGAUAAUUCAGGUGACGAUCAAGAUCUCCUCUCGGAUCCAGAUGAAAACCCUUGUCUGCCAGACAAAGCUCAAACCAUUUUCAUCACAGAGAAUGGGAAACAGUUCAUCAUUAUGACUCCAAAAUCCAACAUGUUAAACCUGCCAUCCAAUGUGGAUUCAAAGGAUUCUCAAAUCCCACUAGUCCCAGCCACAGCAAGCUCAAAUCCUCCCUCUACACCAGUCAAGACAACCACAACACCUGCUCAAGUGGAGCCGCAAUCACCUACCACACCAAAGAAAAACCGAUCCCGAUUCACUCCAAUACGUCCAAAAGGCUCGCCUGCUAAAACAGUCUCCUCCAUCCUCAAGGAACAGAAAUUCCCAGAGAAACCCGACUCGGAAAAGAUUGAUCGAUCUAAAUCGGUGUCAACACUUCUAAAAGAAAAACGGGAGAGAGAAGCCAAACUCCAGAUCUCGGUGUCCACUGUGGCGGUUCCUCAGGUGACUGCCAGUGUUACUUCUGUGGGAGCUCUUGCUACUAUUCCUGCCACGAAACUUCCGCUACAAAGCGCAGAGUCUCCGCACGGUGAAUACUUCAUCAUUCUGAACCCGGUAACUCCUGGAUUAAACACACCCAUGGUAUCGAUGACCAGUGAAUCGGUCACUUCUGUGACCACCACUCUGACUACGGUGUCUAGUCAUGGAGUUGCGGAAUGUUCCAGUUCCUCCUCGGAUCUCGGGCAGAGACGAGAGAGGAGCCGCACGGCUUCUCUGUCAGAGGGUGAGAUCAUGAGUCCCAGCAAUGUUGACAAUCUGAACAUAUCGGACCUCUCCGAUUCGUCUGAUGAAAAGCCAUCCAAACUUGCAAAAAUUGUGGACAGUGAUCAGAAUGUGUCUUCUCGUCCGGGAAGCAGAUGUUCAGUGGAUCGUGAAACUCCAUCCAUUUUGGGUCGUAAAAGAAAACUCUUCAGUUCGCAGUCUGUAGAAGGAAGCAAUUUUAUAGAGAGGCAUCCAUUCAGAGUUCCCAGUAAUGAGGAAGACACUGAUUUCACAAUGGAAGAAGACAGGAGAGCGGUGUCCUGCAGUUUAGAUUACAAAGAAAGAUGCUCUCAAAGAGAUGUAUCUAGGGUGUUUGAUGACAAAUUGAAACUGGCAGAAAAGAGAAACUAUCCAGACAUCUCUGUUCUCGAAUCAGAUGCUCUUCAAGAUGCUUGCAUUCCUGAUCCGUCCAACUUCAUUUUAAAGGGGAAAGAACUCUUCAAGCAGAAACAAGAUACGGGUGUUGGAGUGACCUCCCUUUCAUUGAGAAAAUCUCAACAGAGGCUCCUGAAAGAGAAACCAAUACUGGAUGAAAGAAUGAAAUCCUUUUUCCAGCAGAGUGAUGCAGUGCAUGCUGAGAAAACAUUAGAGCCUCAAGAUAGUGAACUUCCACCAGAUGUAGCCGAGUUCAUCACGGACAGCAUGACUCAGGCACACCUCAGUGAACAAAUGGAGGUCACCUCCACCAUGCAUCCUACUAAAACCAGAAGUUUAUCACGGCAGGAGGUAGUACAAGAAAUCUGCAAAAAUCUGCAAAACAUUCCGUGUAAUCCUUCCGUGCUUCCUCCUGCCAAAUCUCCAACUGUUCCUCUCUAUCCGCAGAGGUCUCACUCAGCCAAGAACCGGCCUCCCUCAGCGGUGCUGAGAACAGAGAGAAUGUCAUUGGAUGAGGAUACGUUCCGCAUGCCUUAUCGGUCGCAGUCCGUCACAGACGCCUCCAGGGUUUCGUUGGAUGUCCCAACCUCAGACAAGACCUUCACCCAACAAUGUCAGAAUGUGAAAGACAGCGGGCACCAAUCCACCAAGAAGACAACAGUAGGGGUAGAAUUCGCUAGUCCCCAAAGACCAAUCAGACGACAGCGCACACCUUCCACAGAGAAGAAGAGGGAAUCUUCUACAGAGAGGAACUUGGUCCAGAGAGAAUCUUCAGUCGACCGUAGCCUUACCCAGACCCCUCACUCUGAUCCCGGUUACUGCAGCGUGGGUCCGAGUCCGAUCCUGCAGUCCGUGCUGGUCUCCACGGGAACCCAUGUGUGCGAUUCCACAUACAGCUCUAUGUCCAGUACAUCUCUCUCUGUGUGCCGGCCGGACUCGGCUCACAGUGUGACCAGUGACGGAAUCAUUCCUAGUCCAAUGGCAUCGCCACGAUUCCAAACAUCCACACCGUAUCAUCUAAAAUCACCCAGCGUUACUCCAAGUCAAGGUCCAGUUUCAAGUGAAGCUCUCCCGGUCCAGUCAUUCAUGCCCAUCCAGGGCUCGUCGCGUAAAAUAGACAAUAGUUUUGUGACCCUUAUUCGACCAGUUGUGACCAUAGCUAGUCAGAUUUCUCAAGGCGUCACAGUUGGACAAAUUAUUAUGGAUGACGCGAUUGGUGAACCAAAACUGAAAACCUCGAAACUAGCUCCGCCAUCAUAUAGUGUAGCUAUGCAGGAUAUGGAAAGGAAAUCGAAGAAAGAGAACAAACAGGGGGCGUUUAAAACUCUGGAGGCUCCGUUGUUGAACUUGUCAGAUGACAAUCCAUUGCCAGGUCCCCCUCUGAAGGAGACAAUGAGUGGGCAUUCAUUUUACUUCUCGGAUAAGUUAGCUCAACUUUCUAAGAAAACCCAUGCCUCAGACGGUGGAACGACGGAGAAGACCAAAAAGAAAGAUCAAAGUAUCAAGAACAUAAUGGGUCAGCUGACGUCUCCAAUAGAUCCACUGCCUCAGGGACAGUCGAACAUGCAGUCUUUAUCUGAACUCCCCGAUGCUAAUUACCAGGGCAACCAGCCCAAUGUGAACAUGUUUGACAUUGAGGGAAUCAUAACAUACAAAAACAUUGAGAAAGACAUGCGCCUUGGGACGGAAAUGUCAGGUGUUUUAAAGAGUGAAGAUUCAAAGCAACAUGGAGUCCAAGACCAAGAGCAGUUUGCUGCAAGACGAAAUCUCAAUGAAAUGCUUGGACAUAAUUUCACUGGAGAUGACCUCCAGGCGACCUUGGAUGACCUGAAAGCUGUGGAUAGUCAGUAUUUUGUAGACAACUUUGACCUUGGGUCAGAGAAAAGGCAAGAAAUAUGAGGAUUAAGACAGGUUCAAUUCUGUUUUUAUUUAUUCAUCUUGAAAUGAGAUGUCGGGGGAUUUUUUAUAUGCAUAUAGAACCCAACUUCUUUCUUACAAAAAAUGUUUGGGGAAAUUUUUUUUUUUAGAAUUCUUUUUUAGCUGUUUUUCUUCUGUGCCAAAUGGAUUGAAAUUUUGCCUUUUAUCUGUUUUCUUUUAAAUUCUAAGUCUUCUAUCUCUAAAGAUAUUCUCUCUCAGCUUUUGACAGCAGUGUAUUUUGUAGUGUUCAUGGUUACUUAAUAUGAAGAGAAACCAUUUUGUAUAGAUUUGAAGUUGAUGACAAUGCUUUGUAGUGUUUGAUAACAGUGUGGUGUGUUUUGCCAGUGAAUAAGAACAAAUUCUUGAGAAGCUGCAUGUGAAGUGCUGCACAACAAUGGUGCUAAUUUUUCUGUAUUUGCAACUUGCAAACAAUUUCAUGCAUUUUUUUAAAACCCUAAGCGUCUGCUCUACAUUUCAUUAUAUGCCUUAUUAUGUAUGUACACUAACAUCCAACACAGGAUCACUGACAUCCAACACAGGAUUACUGACAUCCAACACAGGAUUACUGACAUCUGGCACAGGAUCACUGACAUCCAACACAGGAUUACUGACAUCCAACACAGUAUUACUGAUAUCCACCACAGUAUUAUAUAUACACAUACAUCCAACACAGGAUCAUUGACAUCCAACACAGGGUUACUGACAUCCAACACAGGAUUACUGACAUCCAACACAGUAUUACAUAUACACUGACAUCCAACACAGUAUUACAUAUACACUGACAUCCAACACAGGGUUACUGACAUCCAACACAGUAUUACAUAUACACUGACAUCCAACACAGGGUUACUGACAUCCAACACAGAAUUACUGACAUCCAACACAGGGUUACUGACAUCCAACACAGUAUUACAUAUACACUGACAUCCAACACAGGGUUACUGACAUCCAACACAGUAUUACAUAUACACUGACAUCCAACACAGGGUUACUGACAUCCAACACAGAAUUACUGACAUCCAACACAGUAUUACAGACAUCCAACACAGUAUUACUGACAUCUAACACAAGGUUACAUAUACACUGACAUCCAACACAGUAUUACAUAUAUAUACACUGAUAAAUCAGUAAACUAUGACAAAACUGUUUCUUAUUUGAAAUUACAUUUGUCUAAAACCAUGUAGAUUUUCUGUAUUCAUGAUCUCAGUGCAAUCUGGUAGACAAUUUUUUAUAACUUUUGAGAUAGUCUGGUAGACAUUUUUUUUUCUUAUAAAUUUUGAGAUGAUCUAUACAGAACAUGCAAGGUGUAAUGACUUGAAAUAUGGAGCAGAUGUUUUUGUUUACUGUGUACGUUGUACAGCUCCGCAGUGUAUUUAUUGUACACUAGUGGGGCGGUUUCCUUGGAUUGGUAGAAGACGUUAUAGAGGUGCUUUUACUGUGAACUUUGUGUUAAGUUUUGGAAGAAAUACAUUUUUUGUUUGUUUUUCGGGGGUUUUUUGUGGUUGUUUUUUUUUUAUUCAGCAAGACUAGAGACGCUGGCGUUGGUUGUAUUUGUACGUCAUUUUCUACUUCUCUGGGUUGAAUGUAUUAUUCUCUUCAACGAAUGAGAAUUAAGCUGGCAACUUUCUCCUCGUAAUCUGCAGUACCUGUGUGUUUAUAGGUAUAUACAGAUUCAUUAACUCCUACCCAACCUGAUGAAAGAUACCAGUAAUGAUUUCUAUUUUGUACAGUUUUUGUUCGUAGCUAUUAAGAAUAUUUUAAUGCUGUUUAACCACAAACAUUGGUUUAUCAAAAAGUAUUAUAAUUCAACUUUGUGAAAGCAAAUGACUACUGUGUGCGGGGUUAUGUUUGCCCUGUAAUAUUUUCACCUUUGCAGACAGUUUCAUCCAGGUUUAAAUUUGCCUAUACAUAGAUCUGCCCAGCGACAACGAGGGCAAAAGGGAUGAAAAUAAAACAUGGGCGAAUGUUUCCCUGUAUACAGGAUACGAGUUUUUAACAUUAACCAGAACAGUUUAAUUUCUGUUGUUUGAAUUGACAUUAGCCAGAACAGUUUAAUUUCUCUGUUGUUUGAAUUGACAUUAGCCAGAACAGUUUAAUUUCUCUGCUGUUUGAAUUGAAUUUGUGAGAGUACAAGGAGUGCAUCCAUUGUAUAAUUUUUCUUCUCUCUUGUGCUGGUUUUCUUUAUAUAUAUGUAACACUAAUAAUAGUAUAAUGUGCUCUAUAUAAAUGAUGUGCUCUCUAUAAAUGAUGUGCUCUCUCUAUAAAUGUGCUCUCUGUAUAAAUGAUGUGCUCUCUCUAUAAAUGAUGUGCUCUCUCUAUAAAUGUGCUCUCUGUAUAAAUGAUGUGCUCUCUCUAUAAAUGUGCUCUCUGUAUAAAUGAUGUGCUCUCGGUAUAGAUAAUGUGCUCUCUGUAUAGAUAAUGUGCUCUCUCUCUAUAAAUAAUGUGCUCUCUCUAUAAAUGUGCUCUCGGUAUAAAUAAUGUGCUCGCUCUCUAUAAAUGAUGUGUUUUCUGUAUAAAUGAUGUGCUCUCUGUAUAAAUGUGCUCUCUGUAUGAAUAACGUGUUGUCUGUAUAAAUGAUAUGCUCUCUAUGUAACUAACAAUAUAUUUACAAUGUGCUGUUUAUAUAUAUUUAUUGUACAGUUAUAUUAUCUCUCUGUGUGAACAGGAAGACAGCUAGAUAUUCAGGAUCGUAGAACAUGGCUCAAAACCAGCAUUUUAUAUUUUGACAUAUCCCCUUUGUUGGCCAGUGUAAGUUCAUCUUUUCAUAAUCCUGUUGAUUUCGCUCGGAAAAUGUACACUUUCCUCAAGAGAAAGGCUUGCUAAAAGAAAUGAUGAAUUUGUACAUAUCAGGAGGAUGAGAAUUGAUUUCCGUGAUUUGAUCAGUUAAACCUAAUAUUUUUGGGGUGAACCUAAUUAGUUUGAUUUACAUUUUUAUCUACUCUGUGUAGCAUGUCUGCUUAAAAAAGAAUUGAACAAACAUUUUGUUUAGCCAAGUAACAUGGAAGACAUUGUUUUUGUCUAGAAGUAACCUGUGUUCAGAUUAAUUUAUACUUUUUAUUGUAUUGUAACAAGUUUACACCUGUCCUAGACUUGUGUGUAUGUUUUUGCUAUAAAUGAUUUAUUAUCAGUUAUUGUAUCGGUUAGUCGUUAAUAAUUAGAGUAAUUUAAAACGUAGUAUCUAAUCUGUUUCUAUUGUGGGGGGCGUGUCCCACUUUGAUCGGAAAAACAAUGUCACAUGUUUGUAUAAGUUUCGUAUUCUGAUGUCAUGUUGCUUCCUUGUCAUAAUGGUAGAUGCAACAUGGGAGAAAGAUGUUAAAUUGCUGACUUGUAUCAUGCUGCAAGUCAGUUUGAAAGUAAGUUUAUCAGUUUGUGAUAUUCGGCACCACAUCGACUGGGACAAUAAACGCACAGGCAUAUGAUAGUAGGACUUCACCAACACUAGUGGCAUUCCCUGAGACGUUAAAACAAACUUGAGGAAAACGAGUGUUAAGGUUGAGAUAUUUUAGCAGGGAUCGUGAGCAGGGAUUUUCGGGAAUAGAUGGAUACCGCUAAUUUCGCUACUCUACCAGAAUCAAAUCUUGAAAUAUAACACUAAUUUAUCUAUGUUGACUAAAAUGCGCUAAAUGAGAACAUUACUAAUGUAUUUAUUUUGGGGAAAAUGCACUAAUUUAAAACAACGCUAAUGUAUUUAUCUUGGAGGGAAAAUGCGCUAAUUAAAACAUCGCUAAAGUGUUUAUUUUGGGGAAAAUGCGCUAAUUUAAAACAACGCUAAUGUAUUUAUUUUGGGGAAAACGCGCUAAUUUAAAACAACGCUAUUGUAUCUAUGUUGGGUAAAAUGUGCUAAUUUAAAACAACCGCUUACGUAUUAUGUUGGGUAAAAAUGCGCUAAGCAUUUUUAUUUCGCCAAGGUGUUUUGAAUUUUCCCGGAAUAGAUCUUGUGAUUUUGUUAGCGAUUCCUUGUUGAGGACACGCCCCUGCCAGUGACGUAUAUUUCUAUCAGUGUUGGGGACACGCCCUACCAGUGACGUAUAUUUCUAUCAUUGUUGGGGACACGCCCUGCCAGUGACGUAUAUUUCUAUCACUGUUGGGGACACGCCCUACCAGUGACGUAUAUUCCUAUCAUUGAUCUCAUUCUCUCGCUGUGAUUGUAAUAAAACAUAGAGUUAGUGCCCGGAUGUAGUCGAUGAAUUUAUAGUCUCGUUUCACGAGAUCAAUAUGGCAUGUAGGAAACCUUGUCAAGAGUUGUAUCGAGUUUACAAAAUGAAGAGAAAUCAUAGAUAGUCAGCUUUGAAGAGUUUUAGGGAUUUCAAAUUCCUAGCAGGUAUACAUUUUUUUAAAAUGAUGUUCACAUUAUUUUUAUUCACUCUCUAGAAAUAACAUUCGCAUGAGUGUUAUAGAUUUAACAUGACAGUCGGAGAUUUUUUUUUUAAAAUUAUGUCUUUUCAUUUUGUAUCCAACAUUCUAUGAAUUUUGAAAUUAUGUAUUCUGGUAGAUACAAUGAUUAUGUUAAGAAAUAUUUCUGUACCUAAUUUUUAUUUAAAUUCCUGCAUCCAAUGGAUAUGUAGAGGAUAAUAUGUCCUGCAAUUAAAAUUAUAUUAGGGGUCGGAAAGGGGGCGGGGGUAUUGCUCAUACUACUUCUUGCAAGGUUUACUUUUUAUGAUAUGAAUGAGAAUUAUAAUUUAUUAAUAUUUAUAUAUAUAUAUAUAUUAUUAAUUAGAUAAUAUUGAACGUAUUGGUAGUGCUUGUCAUACUGCUUCUUUCCUGCUCACAAGCGGCGAGGAAUGUGUUCAGAAAGUGUUUCAUUGUAAGAAUACCUUUGUUUUAAUCGGUUUGCAUUGUGAGCUUUUAUUUUAAAAAUAUCAGUUACGCAAAGCUAGUUCUAUAUGAUAGUACUCGAGUGUCCAGGAGUAGACAUAAGCCGUCAUAAACUCAGACGAUUUCAUAUCUUUUGUUAGAUAAAACUUCAAAGAAUCAUUGUGCAUUCUGGUUAAUUUUAAGAUUAAAAAAAUACGAUAACUUAAGUUUUAUUUAUUUUGUUGGUUAGAGAUAGUAAUGGACACAUGGUUAUCCGCUUAUUUAUAUUCCGUCCACUUUUUUUUAAAUUUGUUUUUUUUCCCCUUCCUCUGUGCAGUGACUAGUCUAAGUAUGGGUUUGUGUCUGAAAUAACGAUAGAAAGUCGAGUACAGUUUUUUUUAUUUUUCUGAGUUAUGUGAUGUUUCUUGUUUUCAUUUUCUUUUUUUAUAGUUUUUCCCCCACAAUGCGGUAGCUUGUAGCUUGAGUUGUUGAUAAGUUCUCUGAUUACAGUACCGGGCCCGCCUCGUUAUAAGUGCCGGUAUUCAGGAGUGCCUGUUUGUUGGCAUUAAAUACAUGGAAUUCGAAACUGUAAUUCCACAACUGUGUUAUGGAUUUGAACAUUUAUAGCUUUUUUGAUUGCGUAUCUUUUCUUGCUUUCCCGCUAUAUUUCAAAUUAUUUUUAAUGCAUUGCCUUUCCUGCAUACCUUGAUGAAUAAAAAUAAUAUUUGAUAAAAUGAA